UCUGCUCUUUCGUCCAUCCAAAAAUAUGACGUCACAGGGGAGACAACAACCUCCAACAAUUCUGAGACGACCCACAGAACUUUGAAGGCUUGACAACCAGCUGGGAUCAUUCUUUGACCAAAACAAAAUUCUGCUUGCCAGAACCAACCAACGACAGAUUGCCAUCAGGCUUGAAGACAGACACCAUACUGUAUCCUCUGCUCACCUACCUGUUGAAGCAUUGGUUUGUAAUAGAUAUUUUCUAUUGCACAAAUUUUCUUUCGUUGGCUUGAUUCUCAACAGGAGUGAAAGCCAAGAUGAUGACUGGAAAGAGUAGAUCUCCACUGGGAAUGGUGUGUGCCAUCCAUUUGCUAUGUGUGGCCACAGAGGCGUUUCUUCCGUCUCAUUCCACAAGCACUCGUGGUGGUGUGGGUAGCCUUGUGGUGGUGGAUGCCAAGCCGUCAGGUACCUUUUUCAAUCCGGUUCCUUCAGAAGAUAACGAUAACAAUGAUAAUGACAAUGACAAGAAGGAAGAAGAAGAUUUGGAAGAGAGUCUCCAACGGCUAUUGAAGCAACGAAAUGCUCCUAGUUUGGCAUCGCAGCCCAGUACCAUCAAUGGAGUCCCCACGUCCCAAGCAGGCGUCGGAUUUGGUGGCUUUUCCGUCAAAAAAGGUUCUUCCAAAGACAGCAAAAUGAAGAAACCGUCCAAACCGUACAUUGGCAUUGGAGAACCCGACAACAACAAACCACUCAAUGAUGUCACCAAACCAGAAUAUGACGAUCAGGGAUACACACUCUAUGCGGACGAAGAAACGGGAGAAAAAUCUCGCGUCUUUGAAGCACUGGUUGAGUAUCCUUGUGACUUUACCAUGAAAAUUGUCGGAGCCAACGAAGGGGCAUUUGUCGAGGAAAUGUUGGCAGUGGUGGCCGAAAGUUGCGAAGUCGAUGAUUCGACAUCGAUACAACAUUCCACACGGACCAUGGGCAAAUGGACGUCCGUCACGGUACACGCGCCCGUCAAGAGUGCACAAAUGCUCUAUCAGCUAUACGAAAAUGUCGAUCGAGAUCCAAGGGUCAAGUUCAAGUUCUAAUCAUAAAAAGAGAGAAGAAGGAAGAAGGUAGAGCACGGAUGCUCCUGCGAAAGAAGAGUUUAGGAAAAGCUAACACUAAAUUGUAGAAAUGCAGAUCAAUG